UAAUCAUUUUUAUUUGUUUCGGUCUCUCUUAACGCUCCAAUACUGAAAUUGGAACCCCCGGUGGGCUGUGCCUUUUUUAGUCAAAACCAUUUGGUCACUACGUCCACGAGUCUGUGAUCCAAAGAAGUAAACAACAAACAUACAUUCAUUUACUGCUACCACAUUGUGUAUGUGUCAGUUACAGCACGGCAUGUCAUUUCCCUAGUUCGCAUUCAUCUUGUACAUACCAGCAUCUUUUUCCAUCCGACCUCUCUUUCCUCAUCCUGAUCAUGUCCGACGAGUCCGAUCCAUCGCCGGCCUUGCCCCUGGAAGCGCGAAGCGUAAGCUGGGUGAGCUCGGCUAACGGUCUGAACGCCUCUCGCCCCGCCCUAGACGCCGGCUGGGUGAUUGCCCGUACGUGGCUGCCCUUUGAAAAUCCGCCUCUGGAUGGUCAAGCCGACUUGGUGUUGUGGCUGGAACGUACUCGUUUCUUGGAGCAAGACCUGACCUUUCUUCUGCGAUUAGAACAUCACCAAUUUUGGUCGCAAAUGAUCUACGACCCUCAGCUCCGGACUCUCAUGGGCGGGUUGCUGCAAAACCUGCCCCGCCACUUCGACCUGGACGCGCGGAAAAUAGCCAAUCACCCCGAGGUGCACAGCCUCAUGUCCGAGGUCUUGCGCCUGACGUUUUUGGUGAUGGUGCGUUUGUCCACCCACAAAGAGUCCUCGGCCCAUUUUAUGAGUCCCGCCUUUUUCGGACAGACCAUCUACGGCCAUUUUCUGAUCGACAUUCCCCGAUUGAUGGACAUUUGUGUGCUGUUCCGACCUUGUAAUCCGGCCAUCGUGGACAAGAUGGUGGCCAACGUGUUCAAACGGCAGCCCAAAUAUCUGGCGGAUCUUCGUUCCAGCGUGGUGACCGUGGUCAAGGCCCUCCAGACCGUGGUCAACCAAGUCGAGGUUCAGACCACCUAUUACAAUUGUGAUGAUCCCCAGAAACUAUUGGCCCUUCAAGACGUGGUCGUCUACGCCUGUGAUAUUGUCUUGUCCAUUGAGGGCCUCACGCUGGCUUGUCCUUUAACGUCGCAAGCCUUUUAUGACGGACAGUUCUUGACCGCUUUAUCGCCCUUUUACCAACAAGUGUUAGUCGGGACCUUGCGAUUUGUCAGCCACCAAACCGCAGCUGGAUACAUUCCUACCGACUUAAACGACGAGCUAGUGUCGCGAUUGCAAAUGUGCCGAUUGGCCAGUGUGAAUCUAUUUCGCCGGAUAGUUAUGCACGCGUGUAUAGAGCCCAUCUUUGAAUCCGAUCGGAAAGACGAACUGGCCGAAAGCUUUCUUCAGAUCGCCACGGAAUGUCUCUCGGAUGGGGCGCUCUUGGCGGAUUAUGCCAAAAGCUACAAUCUGGAGGAUGACUUCCACAUUUUUGACCAAGCGGGUGCUGAUUUAGAUCCCAUGCGGGUGAGCUUCAUUCUGGAGGGCGUCCAAAGCGUGUUGAAUGAGUUUUCCGAGCAAAUCCAACGGAAACUCACACAAGAAUUGGCACCCAAACCAACCCUCCUCAGUGGCGCUCGUCCCAAGACCAAAACCGGAUCGAAACCUGUUGAACCCGAGCCUGAAAAACACGCGGUAGCGGACAUCGACGAAGCCGAAGUGGCUUUGGUGUUUCGCAUUUCCCAGAUCAAAGACCUCUUUCCGGAUUUUGGCGACGGAUUCAUCGAGGAAUGUCUACAGUAUUUUGACCAAGAUCCCGAGAAAGUGAUCAAUGCCUUGCUAGAAGAGAACAUCCCCCCACAUUUGAUCGAGGUAGAUCGUCAGAAAUCCCGGAACCUCAAGCCCACGCCGUCUUUGAGCACAUCCGGCCAGCCCCGACGGAAUAUUCACGACGGAGACGAGUUUGAUAUCAAUGUCCGGGACACGAUUGACAUGUCCAAGGUUCAAAUUGGUAAGAAGAGACUGGUGAAAAACGCUGGUAAUGCGCUUUUGGAUGACAAAACCGAGCUCCAAGGUCUCAAGGACAUGUACUCCAAGCUCUCCAUUGUCACUGAAGACAUCGUGGUGGGCGGAGAGUACGACACAAACUACGAUGACGAGUAUGAUGACACCUAUGAUGAUAACGCCAUCGGUCAAACCGAGCCUGAUGCCCAAGACGAGCUCACCGAAAGACGGCCUUUCGUCUUGCCUCGUGCUUUGGGAGGGGGUCAUAUCACCUACAGUAAAGGCAAUCCUAACGACCAAGACGAGGAUGAGAGCGAUGGUGAUGGCGAUGAGAAAGACGAGUUCUUGCGGAAUCCUGCCGAAAUCCGUGAGGCCAACGAGCGGAAACGUCAAGAGCGCCAAGCGCACAAGAUGCGAUCCAAAGGCAAUCCUAACCCCAAUCCACCCUCUCGUGAUGUGGUGGGUAAGGCUAAAGGCCAAGGUCAGGACAAGAGCGUGCUCAUCAACCGUGCGAGGAAGAACGCCAACAAGGGCAAGCAUCACCGAGCCAUGGCGGAUCGGAAAUACAACAAGGCCUAGUAGACGUGUGAUAUAAAAAGAAGCUACAGGUCUUAAUGAAUAAAGAUGAUUGUGAAAAACGACCUCGACCGCAUCAAUAACUAUCAUCUAAUUUGGAGUUGGUUUGCUUCAUCUUGUAGA